AAAUUGACCUCUCGAACCUCCACCUCGAACAACGCAGACAACUAACGCUAUCCCCCCUACAGAUCAAACCAACAGCGAUACUUUCGGAACUUUGCAAUGGACACAUCGCAGCAACUAUGGUAUGAAGUCGAGAGCAAUGAGCUCCCUCGACGACGGGUCAAGUGGAAAUGGUUCGUACUAAUCGGUCUGGUAGCCUUGAUGGCAGUUGUCGGAACGGUUGUUGGGGUUGUGUUCGUAGCAGGAGACAUCCAUAGCCGAAGCGAUCAAGGACAAUUCGAGUUCACUUUUGGUAGCAAUGGGCCAGCCUCGGGCAAAGAAGAAAUUCUACCAACUUCCAAUCAUCAUCCUUCUGAAAAUGAAAUCACUGACCUCGUUGAAACUCCUCCCAAAACACCCAAGUCAGGGGCAAGCUCCAAGAGCAACAACACCGAUUGUGUUAUCUUGGACACAAACAAAACCAGUCCUCCCAUGUUUGAGCCAAUCAUCGAUGGUCUCUUGAGUUCUUCAGUUACAAACAUCCAGGUGGUAAACUCGUCACAGUUUCUUGCCUACCGGUGGUUGCUUGGAGACCCAAAUGUGAAGGAGUACAACAACACAGAUCUCCAGAGCCACUUUGCCAUGGCCACUCUAUACUUUUCAACAGACGGUGAAAAUUGGAACCAUACUGAUAAUUGGCUCUCAUACAACCAUUCUGUCUGUCAAUGGUACUCUUCUCUGGAAGGACAGAUACCCUGUGAUGAUGCACGCUCUGAUAUUCUCCAGGAACUAGUGUUGGUUGAUAACGGUCUUCACGGCAGCCUACCUGAGGAGCUUGGAUUAUUGACCAACCUCAUCACAAUAAGUCUCAGCAAUAAUGAACUGACUGGGGUCCUUCCAUCCAAGGCUCUUUCUACUUUGACCAUGCUGGAACAAAUGGACCUGUCAUACAAUUCUAUGAGGGGUCGUAUUCCUUCUGAGGUUGGACACCUUCAGUCUCUGGAGAUUCUAAUGCUUCAGCAAAGCAUGCUGACAAACCCUCUGCCUACCGAGCUUGGAAUGGCCACCAAUCUUCAGUACUUCAACUUUGGCAACAACCCUCGGUCAAGGUGGGAAUCAUUGUUCACUGAGAUUGGCCAGCUCACCAAUCUACACACUUUGAUUAUGCCCUAUAUCUUCAUUCUAACAGGAGAUCUCCCAGAGGAGUUCUUCAAUCUAACGAGCUUGAUAAACUUGGAUUUCAAAGGGGUUGGACAACUGAAUUCAACACUACCCACAUUGAUUGGACAGCUCACCAAUCUAGAAACCUUAGAGCUCACACAAGCAUCCUUCCAGGGCCCAUUGCCAACCGAGCUUGCACUUCUUACGGGCCUUGUCAACUUCAAUGCCGAAUUGAACCAAUUCACCAGCACAAUACCAGUAGACGUUGGAAACAUGACAAAUCUCAAGAACUUCUUGGUCUGCAACAAUGAGUUCACCGGUAGCAUCCCUGAAGAAAUUGGGGGCAUGACGUCAGUGGAUGACAUACAUUUGUGUGGCAACGAGUUGACAGGGCAGAUACCUGCUAGCAUUGGUCAGCUGACCAUGCUGACUCACCUUGAUUUGAAGGAGAAUUUUCUGUCGGGGCAAGUGCCUGGUGAACUAGACCAACUGACAGCUCCACAAAUGGCUUUGGAAUUGCAGAACAAUGCAUUUACUGGAGUAGUGCCUGCAGAAGUCUGCAGUGCAGUUGCCUUUAUCUUGGCAGAUUGCAUUGCUGAGAUUGAAUGUGAAUGUUGUGUACAGUGCUUUUAGCCUUCAUUGUAGCCGUCAGCAUACCUGUAAAUUAGUUUAGAGUUGGUGCAUAUGAUUA